AGCAGGAUUGUGGCUCCUGUUAGGAUAAUCCUGAAGGCGGAUCAGCUGAAAAGUGCCAUUACAAUAGUGAGUUCUGCUAUGAGGUUGUUGGUGAUGGAGUGGUGAUGGAGUCACACCCCGUUUUGGUUUUUCCCGUGUGUCCCCAGAGCUCUGAUGCCAGCAGGGCCGCAGCCGCCGUGCCCCGAGCCAUGCGGUGACAGCGCCGAGGGCACAGCCCCCCGCAGCCAUGGCCCAGUCCCGGGCCAACGGCUCGCACUACGCCCUGACGGCCAUCGGGCUGGGCAUGCUGGUGCUGGGCAUCAUCAUGGCCGUGUGGAACCUGGUGCCCGGCUUCGGGCCCCCCGACAAACCCGGCGGCAACAGCAGCAAACCCGAGCGCGGCUCCGGCGGCAUCCUCAGGAGCAAAACCUUCUCGGUGGCCUACGUGCUGGUGGGGGCGGGGCUGCUGCUGCUGCUGCUCUCGCUGUGCCUCAGCGUGCGCGACAAGAAGCGGCAGAGCCAGGAGCUCUCCAUCGGCCACGUGCAGCGCCAGGUGUCCACGGAGCCCUCGCAGCAGGAGGACAGCCAAGAAGAGGAUGAGGAUGUCUCUUCCCAAUACUACGUGCCCAGCUACGAGGAGGUGAUGAACACGGGCUACUCGGAGCCCAGAGACUCGGACAGGAGCACCAGGCUCAGCGUGUCCCUGCCCUCGUACGAGUCGCUGGCGGGGCUGGAGGAGGGCGGGGCGGCGCCGGGGGCGGCGGGCGCGGAGCCCGGCCCGGAGCGGGCGCCCAGCCGGCACAGCUCCCGCCUCAGCAAGCGCCUCAAGCCCCUCAAGGUGCGCAGGAUCAAGUCCGAGAAGCUGCACCUCAAGGACAUCAGGCUCAACCUGGCACAGGGCAACAGCAGCGUCCCCAUCACCAUAGAGCCCCUCACCCCUCCGCCCAAGUAUGAGGAGAUCCAGGAGAAAAUGCCCGUGGGCCAGCAAAUGCCUUAAAAAAAAAUAGAGGAAUCUGUGAUGCUGCUUGGUUGAGGGUUUUUUAAAACCCACCGUGGCCAGAGGGGGUUGGUGUGUGGGGGCAGCAGCAGCCAGGGCUGUCUGGAAGCUGCCACGUGGAGGCCGUGCUGUGGCACAAGGAUGGGACUCCUUUUCCCUGGGACUGGGUUUCACAAAAGACUGUGGGGAAAGAAACCUGAACACCACAAUUCUGCUGCUGUGAAGUAAAUGAAGGCUGGACAUGCCAAAAGUGUCACUUGUGGUGUUUGAAAUGAGACCACCCAGUGCAUCCCUCAUCUCCUCUCCCCCUCUCUGCCUGCAAGACUUUUCCAAGCCACCAAACUGACGUUGCAGAAGGAUUUUCCAAGUGGAAA